ACGGUCACAUUGGAACGUUGAAACUUGGGGAAAACUUUUUAAAAAAAUCGGAGAAAAUCCAAAGGAGCGAAUGUCAGACAGCAGGACAGAGAUGGUCAAAAGCCGUCGCCAGGGCAAGAAGAAGGGACCCGCGUCGCAGGGGUCAGCGCCCGGACUGCUGGCCAACGGGCAGGGAGCCGCCAAGCAGCCGUCGGGCGGCCGGAACGCUGCCAAGGCGAAGGGCAGGUCAGGAAAGGCCGCCAAAGCCGGCGAAGAUGAUCGUCUGGACCGCGAGCAGGAGAAGAUCCUGCGCCAGCUGGUUAACGACUUCCUGCAGAGCUGUGAGCCGGAGACGAAACUGCCCGGACUCACCAAGGCACAGCGCAGCCACGUGCAUAAGUUGGCCCAAAGUCGCGGCAUUAAGACGGUCAGCAAGGGUCCAGAGACGGAUCGCGUCCUGUACAUGACCCGCCCGCAGUCCGGAGGCCUCCAGCACAUCUGCCUGGACCACGCCAAGUUGCACAUAAGCCCCCAGCUCUCCAAGGCCCUAAAAGAUUUGAUCGUGUACGUGAACCGUCGGCUGGACACCAAAGCUCCGGGAUUCUGGCGCGGGAAUCAGCAACAACAGGACCGGCGGCCCUGCAACUUCGGCCUUGUCGGGAACAGGCUGAUCCCGCCCGUUUGUCGCAACAGGAGCAUGCUCCAGGAGCGACAGAGCCUGCCCAUCUUUCAACACCGCGAGAAGAUCCUCAGCGUCCUGCAGCGCGAGCAGGUUUUGAUUAUUAAAGGAGCCACUGGAUCGGGCAAGUCCACGCAGUUGCCGCAAUAUAUCCUCGAAUGGGCCGCGGAGCAUCGUGCUCCGGUCAGGAUCAUCGUCAGUCAGCCGCGACGCAUUGCAGCGAUCAGUGUUUCAGAACGCAUUUCCCAAGAGCGCGGCGAGACCCCGGGCAGCACGGUGGGCUAUCAGAUUCGCAUGAACAGCAAGUGCAGCAGCUACACAGUUCUCUCGCUGACCACGAGUGGUUGCCUUUUGCGUGCUCUGGCCAUGGAUGGCGAAGCCUUCUUCAAGAACACCACCCACUUGAUUAUCGAUGAAGUGCACGAGCGCGAUUUGGACACAGAUUUUCUAUUGCUCGCCACCAAGCAGGAGUUGCAAAAGAAUCGCCAUCUCCGCGUGGUGCUCAUGUCGGCCACCAUGGAUCUGAAUGCUCUGUCCGCCUAUUUUGGCAAGGCCACUGUAAUGGAUGUGGAAGGACGCAGCUUUGCGGUGAAGAUUUUUCAUCUGGAGGAUAUUCUCAGUGAGACCGGCUACAUGACCCAGAGGAUGCAGACGUUUUUAGGGGAGCCGACAGGGGAAGAAGAUCCCAGCGAGCUGCUAGCCGCCUACUACGGUGGCCGCACCUUCGUAGAUCCCGAAAUCGACAAUGAUUUGAUCGUUUCGCUGUUGGAAUUAUUACUGCGCAGCGGGGACAAAGGAGCGGUGAUUGUGUACCUGCCCGGUUACAGCGAUAUGACCAUGCUGAUGGACCGCUUGGAGAAUGCUCUGCCGGGGGACCAGAUUCAGAUUCUGCUGCUGCACAGCCAUGUGGAUAACAACGAGCAGCGGAAGGUCUUUCGGGUUUAUCCCGGUGUGCGUCUUAAGAUUAUCCUAAGUACAAACAUAGGCCAGACUUCGAUCACCAUUCCGGAUCUACUCUACGUCAUCGACACUGGACGCUGCAAGAUGAAGACCUAUGACCCGGGAACGGAUGCCUCCCAGUUGGCCAGUACGUGGAUCUCGCAGGCGGACGCCCAACAGCGGGCGGGAAGAGCUGGACGUGUGCGUCAUGGCAUCUGCUAUCGACUAUUCGACAGCGACCGCUUUGCCAGGAUGAAUCUGUACACCGUUCCGGAGAUCAUGAGGCGCACCCUCGACGACAUUUGUUUGCUGACCAAAGUGGCAGCUCCGAACAGGCAGAUAGCUAGUUUUCUCUCCAUGGCAUUGGAUCCUCCGCAACCGGAGGCCGUGCUGCAGGCCUGUUCGAGACUGGAGCUGUUGGGCGUGCUUCAUGACCUGGAUGAGAAGAUCACGCCGUUGGGACGCAUCAUUGCCGAGCUUCCCUUGGGCGUUCAAAUGGGCAAGUGCCUGGUGUACUCCAUUUACUUCCGUUGUUUGGGCAGCAUGACGAUUAUUGCGGCCUACCACUCGGUCAAAGAUCCCUUCGUGCUGACCAUGGAGCGGGGCAAGAAAUCGGGCCAGCAGAACGCCAGACUGGUGUUCGCUGGCGACAAGAUGAGCGAUUCGCUGGCGGCCCUGAAGCUUUACGAGGAAUUCACCAGCUUGGGACGCUAUGAUAUUAGCAAGUUUUGCGAGCGCAACUUUCUAUGCCGCCACUCAAUGGAUAUGUUCGUCUCGGCAGUGGGAACUCUGCGCACCACCGUGUCCCGCAUCUUCCGCUUCAAUCAGGCUAAGAUGCGCCUAGCCUCCUCCUUUGACGAUGAGACCAAUAUGAUCCGCCUGGCCUUAACGGCUGGAUUCUAUCCGAAGCUGGCCUACAUGGAUCGUGAGAACAAGCACCAGCUGGUGGCCGAAGGAGACGCCUUCUGUCAGGUGUCGCGCAACUCCUGCCUGCUGGGGAAGAAGAAGCAAAAGAAUCUGGCCAGCGACUGGAUCCUGUUUGUGGAGAAGACCCGCACUUCCGAGCAGAAAUCCUCGCUGGAGCACACCAGUCUGGUGAGCGGGUUAAUGGUGGCUCUGGUGGGCGGAAAGCAUUUCCAAGUGGAGCCGCAUGGCUCGAAGGUGCAACUCUGUCUGGACUCUUGGAUCCGUAUCAGCUGUCCCAAUGAUUUUGCCCGCGACAUCCGCGAGCUGCGCGUGCUGUUGAAUCGCGAGAUGUCCGAGUUGGUGGAGACGCGCAAGCUUACCGAGGAGGGCGAGUGGAUAGGUCCGGAGACGAUCCGUCGGCUGCUGCAGGCGGAUGUGCCCUCGGCCUGCUUGGCCGCGGGCAAGAGUCUGCCCGACGAUUUUAACUGUGAUAAUGACUUUUAAAUGACCAACGGGCGUGAAAGGAGGCUAGCCGAGUGAUUCCCAUCCUUACGUUUAAGAUAUCGGCCAAAAACUAGAUACGUAACAGCUACAUUUUGCCUCCAACGGUUUGCUACAGUAUUCGCGAAGUGAUCGAAUAGGCUCGUAGAAAUUACAAAUAAACUUUUAUAAGAUGGACUUAUAUUUGUACAGUGCGUUUCAUAAGCCUAGGACAGCCUAUCUUACCUGAUUAGGGCAGUUAAGUUCGCAACUAAGAGGCCAACGAAUAUGUAUUUUUCAAUGUACCUUACUUUUGUACAUCGAAUUCCGUUACAUUUUGAUAGAAUAUACAAUAUUCAUACAAAAACUCAAAAA